GCGGAGUGUGACGUAGGAGGAAGGAGACGCCAUUAGAGGGAGGAGAGGUAGCUCUCUCCUAGCCUCGGGUCCCUGACGUGGUAGCCGGGGCCCUUCAUUCUGGGACUUUCUCUCGGCCCUCGCAGGCCUCGCCCGCGGGAGGACGCGGCGGGCACCGGGCUCGGCGGGGCGUGAGAGAGCCGGGCCCGGGAGGAGCGGGCGCCGCGGCGGCGGUGGUGCGGGGCUCGGCGCGCGCUGGGCUCAGGCGGCGGGGCAGCGGCGGAUGGCUGCGGCCGGCGGCGGGGCGGCGGCGGCGGCGGGCCGAGCCUACUCCUUUAAGGUGGUGCUGCUCGGAGAAGGCUGCGUGGGGAAGACGUCGCUGGUGCUGCGCUACUGCGAGAACAAGUUCAACGACAAGCACAUCACCACCCUGCAGGCAUCUUUCUUAACAAAGAAGUUAAAUAUUGGUGGGAAGAGAGUAAACCUUGCUAUAUGGGAUACAGCCGGUCAAGAGAGAUUCCAUGCAUUGGGUCCAAUUUACUACCGAGAUUCGAAUGGAGCUAUUUUAGUUUAUGAUGUAACAGAUGAAGAUUCUUUUCAGAAGGUAAAAAACUGGGUCAAAGAAUUACGGAAAAUGUUGGGAAAUGAAAUCUGUUUGUGUAUAGUUGGUAAUAAAAUAGACUUGGAAAAGGAGAGGCACGUCUCCAUUCAAGAAGCAGAAUCGUAUGCAGAGUCUGUGGGAGCAAAGCAUUACCAUACUUCUGCUAAACAAAACAAAGGCAUUGAGGAACUCUUUCUUGACCUUUGUAAAAGGAUGAUAGAAACGGCCCAGGUGGAUGAGAGGGCGAAGGGCAAUGGCUCGAGUCAAGCAGGGGCUGCGAGGCGCGGCGUGCAGAUCAUCGACGACGAACCUCAAGCCCAGAGCGGCAGUGGAGGGUGCUGUUCUUCUGGGUAACGGCUCACGCCUGCGAACUAAACAAAACGGAACUGUGGAUCAUCCCUCAACAUGAAGACUGCCAUAUUCCAAGUCACGUCAUUUUACCAAUGGAGUUAGAGAAUUAACAGUAUUUUCAAUUACGUUUAUAACACUGCAGAGACCUUAAGUGCUAAACUUAGUGGAGUUUGUGACCAGAGGAUUGGCAUUUUCUACAAAUGUUAACAAAGCAAUUACCAAUGGCCUUUUUACAUAUUUUUUCUUUAAUGAGGAAUAAUAUGCAUGUAGAAAAGACCUACUUAAAGGCUUCAUUUCUAUUCUUUUAAAUCAGAUCUUUAUUUAAUAACUUAUAUAUGAUGUUGGAAUGGUAUACAUUUUUGCAGUCCUUUGUAUUUUGUGGUAGUUUGAAUUGUAUCACUUCUAAACAGCAUACUGUUUUUGUUUUUGUUUUUUGAUUAGCAGAUACGUGAAGUUCUAUUUUUGCAGGGUUUGCACAGGCCCCUAACUGUCUACUACUUUGAUAUAAUCUAUAAACAUCCUGUAUGCUGAGCUGAUAAAAUACAUUGUAAAUUACAUAUUAAAUAUUUUAUCUGCUUUUACAAGCGCAAGGUGCAAAAAUAUAUACAAUUGUCUUAUUGAUGACUGUAAGGUGAAUUGAGCGUUGGUGGUGACACCUAAGCUUCCUGACUCUGUUACAGCGCUGCUCAUGCCCUUCCCUUGUGUCCUGUGAAAGUGGCCUGUUUAAAUGUCCACGUACUUUACCUGACUUGUCGCUGGUGUCACUUUCCCCUUUUCUUGUUUCUUUUUCUUUUUUUCUUCUUCUUCUUCUGUUUCUUUCUUUCUUUUUUUUUUCUGUGCCUCUGUCCCAGUGAUGCAAAAGCAACAUUUGCUGCCUUAUUAUUAUUAAACAAGAUUCCUUCUGCCAAUGUUGUUUUAGAAUGGUUACCUUAGAAGAAUUUGAGUGGCGCUUGGCAAGUUUCACUUCUGCAACAACUCAGGUUUUAUGUAGGGCUUUCAGGAGACGGGUCCGCUGGCCUGAGAAGAGCACUCCCGUAGUAGCCAAGGCUUAUGGAGACAGACCGUGAAUGGUAAUGUGCUCCCGAGGCAGCAUUCCUGGGUCCCUUGUGAGGACAUUUUAUUGGUUAUUGCUUGUCAGGAAUGAACAUAGAAAAUUGUAUUUAAUUUUAUAGGAGUUUUCCUGAGUUUCUAUGGGAAGAAGGAUUUUGUAAUGCAGUUACAGCAAACACUGGAAUCAUAAUCUUGUUUAUUUUGUAUUUAGUCCCACAUUAGAUUUUUUUUUUCCUUAGCAUUGAACUGAAAUUUGUUCAUUUAGAAAAGAAUCAGGCACUGCUCACAGAAAAAACAGAUUGUGGAAAUAAUUAACAUAAAUUGUUCUUGUUCUAAUAUUUAUCUAUAUAUAUUUUCCCCCCAUUUCUGUCAUGCUUGGAAAACUAGUAAAUGUUGUGUAUAAGGUAAGAUGGAAUGGUCCCUGGAUUUCCUUCUUCUAGGAAUAGAUUUAGUAGUGCAGUAGUAAGCAUUUCUGAAGAUGCGAGGAGGUGACGUCACUGAGCCAAUGCUACCGGAUUCUUAGGAGUAGCUUCCAAAUAGGCUGACGGGUGAACGGCUCCCACCUUACUAUCUAAAUAAUGGCAAUCCGACUAUGCCCUGUGUUCCCUGAGCCCUCCCUUUAGAUUUACUUGUUUACUGACUGACUGACCUUGCCAAAUUCAAAAGACUGACCUCUUUGCUGUGCGCCUAAUGACGGUCAGAGCGGAAGGAGUCAGGGAAUGAGCUACAGUUGUUUCCAUUACGAGAUGACUGUGCUGGGUUUCUUGUGAAGGCAGUGUCCAUGCAGGGCCAUAAGGGGCAGCAGAAAGCAUGAGUCACUAGAAACUUUGUUCCUACCCUCUGUCCUUUUCAGGAGUGAAGACUGCUGCCAGCCCUACUGCUGUAGAUAGGAAACAUACUUUCCUCAUUGGAAUAGAAUGCUAUUUUUAAUCUAGAAAUGAAAUUAAAAUAAGUUAAACUUGAUCAUUGGAGAGCCGGACUGGAGUUUUUCAUACUCAGUUGUAUCCGUUUCUCAUAGGAGCCUCUGCUGUGCGGUCGCAGGUAGUCACUGCUGAGGUAGAAACUAUCUUCCAUGUUGUCCUCUGUCCCCUCACACUCCUCUCCCUCACCCUCUCUCUCAAUUCUGUGAUCCAUGCUAAUUCAGUAACAAAGAUAAGUAAUGCAGUGUACCUGCUGUGCUAUGAAGCAUGGAAGAUUUUAAGUCCAAUGAGGCGGAAGGAAACUGGCCAGGACCAGUUCGCUGCCAGCAGGUCUAAGGGAGUCAUGGCAGAUUGAGUGGCAGGGUUUUCCCCGGUACUGUCUUCCUUCUGAUACAGCUCUCUGUUCCUAACAGCCUCGCUCCUGGGAAAAGGCACAGGACGUGCUGGGGAGACUCUGCACAAGUGUACAUAUCUGUCCCGUAACCUAAAGCUGGCUUAGGACAGUCAUCGCCGUCACUGUUGUGUUACAGUACGCAGUUCUGUACUGAGUAGCCUGCUGCUCGGUUUGCUGUAUGAAUAUGGAAGAAGAAGAAUGCUUUUGAAAAUGUAUUCAACAGUUUCAGGUUAAACUGAUCUGAAAAGAAAAGGUAUCAUGUUAUAUGAAAUACAUGCUUGUGUUUGUAGUAUCUCCUAAGAAUACCCUAAAAUUAUGAUUGUUACUGUAUUGUUAUCUUUUUUUUUUUUUUUUUUGGUUUAAUUUUCUUUUUUGGUGUUAGAGAACAAUAGUGUUUCAUCUCUCUCUCUCUCUCUCUAUCUCUCUCUCUCUCUCUCUCUCUCUCUCUCUCUAUGCAUGUGUCUCUCCCUUCCUCUCUCCUUCCUUCCCUCCCUCUCCCCUCCUCCUCCUCUCACUACUCUUUCUACUUUGGUUUCCAGUAAUAAAAGAUAAAGUUGAGGAAGCAGAACUCUAUAACCCAACAAUGUUUAUAAUCACAUUGACAAAUAUUAUGUGCCAAAUAAUUAGAGCAUUUAAAAAGUAGAUGUGAUACUGUUUCUUUUAGUAUAUCGUUUAUCAUUUUCUGUUUCAUAAAUGCUGUGGGCAUCUACAGCACGAGUCUUCAAUAUUUAUUUGUAGACAAUGUAGGUGGCAUUUGCAAAGGUAAAUUAUCACUUGAUGUAGUUUGAUUUGUUCUUUUCUUUUGACUUCUUUGUGGCCAUUUGGAAUCUAGAGGUUGUCAAGGAAAGGCUGUAGAUAGUAGUGAGCAAUAGGAAGAUUGCAGAGAGACUCACAAAGAGACUAAAGAGACUGCCUGAAUAGAUCUUUACAGAUUUUGCUAAGUUACAAAAUGCAUUGCCCCAGGUUUCCAUAAUUAAAGCGAUAAUUCACUGAGUUUCUUGUUCUUGGUUUCAGCAUAUGCUACAAUGUUGCUAUUGUUCAUUAACACCUGUAAUAGAGUAACACACUUGGUGUUAUGGGCCACACAUGCUACAUUUAUGUCUUGGAUUUGAUGGCCUUUCUCUUUUUAAGAAAGCCGGUUACUUACAAUUUUGAGCAUAAUCUUUCUGAUUGCAUUUUAGCAUUAUAAUAUUAAAGUAAAAAAAAUUGCCCUAAA